UGGAGGCAUUGUUAUUGUUGUUGUAUUUAUCCUGCAUGAUGAUAAGAAUUUUAUAAUCUAACUUUUUGUCCUUUGGAUGUAAGAAUGGCAUCUACUGGACAACCGCAAUCGUCUUUGAAGAGACCUAGUCCUGCAGUUAAUAGAGAAGGAGAUAAACUGAGUAUCACUCCUUUAGGGGCUGGAAAUGAAGUGGGACGGUCCUGUGUUUACAUGACUUUUAAAGGGAAAACAAUCAUGUUUGACUGUGGCAUUCAUCCAGCUUACUCAGGCAUGUCUGCGUUGCCCUAUUUUGAUGAAAUUGAUCCUUCAACUAUUGAUGUUCUUCUUGUUACCCAGUAAGUUUUCUGUGGCAGAUCUUCAGUUCUAUGAUGCUCGUUUUAUUGUUUGGAAGAUUG